AGAAAGCACUAAAAUCUACAAAGAUUGAAGUGAAGAGAGGAAAAAUGAGUGAUCCAGAACCCUGCAGAAUGAAACACACUGAAGAACAAAGAGAGUUGAUUGAAGAGAAUGAAGAACCAAGUGAAGCUGAGAAGAAAAGUCUUGUCAAAACUGAAGAAAAACUUUUGAGUUGCUCUCAAACCAAACAGAAAUAUUUAAAGAAAAGAGGAGCCAAGAGGUCUUGCGCUCAGUGUGGAAAGAGUUUCCCAUGCAAAUAUAGUCUUGGUGUUCACAUGAGAGUUCACACUGGAGAGAAACCAUACACAUGUGUUCAGUGCGGGAAGAGUUUUGCACAGAAAGGACAUCUUACAGAGCAUAUGAACAUCCACCCUGUAGAAAAACCUUACAAGUGUUCACACUGUGACAGGAGAUUUAAUAAGUCGGGACUCCUGAAAAAACAUGAGAUGAUUCACACUGGAGAGAAACCGUACAAGUGUUCACACUGUGACAAGAGAUUCAAUAAGUCAAUAAAUCUAAAAACACACAACAGGAUCCACACCGGAGAGAAACCGUACACAUGUGGUCAGUGCGGGAAGAGUUUCACACUAAAAAACCACCUUACAGCACAUAUGAGAAUUCAUACUGGAGAGAAACCGUACAUGUGUGAUCAGUGUGGAAAGAGUUUCACAAAUCCAGAAACCCUUAAAGGGCACAUGAACGUCCACACUGGAGAGAAGCGGUACGCAUGUGAUGGAUGCGGCAAGACAUUUUUCUGGGCUUCAGUUCUGAAGAAACACAUGAGAGUUCAUACAAAGGAGAAGCCAUAUUCAUGUUCUUUAUGUGUAAAGAGUUUUUCUCGUCUAGAACAUUUGAAAGUACAUCAGAAACGUCAUAAUGGUGUGAGAGAGUACAUGUGCUUUGAGUGUGAAAAGACUUUCAUUUCAGCGAACUGUUUAAAACAGCAUGAGAGGAUUCACACUGGAGAGAAACCUUACAAGUGUUCACUCUGCGACAAGAGAUUCAGUUAUUUAUCAAAUCUGAGAACACAUGAGAGGAUCCACACCGGAGAGAAACCUUACGCAUGUUCACACUGCGACAAGAGAUUCACUCAAUCAGCAAAUCUGAAAACACAUGAGAGGCUCCACACUGGAGAGAAACCGUACAAGCGUUCACACUGCGACCAAAGAUUCAGUCAGUCCGUAGUCCUGAAAACACAUAAGAAGAUUCACACUAGUGUAGGGUAUCAGAGCGAAUCAGACAAUUUAAAAUUCGAUCAGAUUGGUGUUGAACAACCCAAAGAGACAAAUUCCACAAAGAGGCCCAGGAUAACAAGACAACGUCAUAAAUCUGUCCACGAUACCCUUGCGCCACAAGUCUGAAGCAAGUCCACCAACUAACAGUUUUGAGCACACUAUUUGGGAUGGUUCCAGCAACCAUGUUUAAAUACUAAACAUGGACACCAUCAAAUUAUGCUUUUUCUUGCCUUUUUGCUACCGUGUUUUGACGCUGCUUUUAGCGCUCUUUGAGCGUGCUCUGGCUUACUGUGCGUUCACACCGCCGGCAUCGAGAGCGUCAAAGCGGCCGGAAGUCAUUCAUUUUUAAUGUAAGCCAGCGUCGAGGAGUGACGCGGCGCGACUUGGCUGUUGAGAGCGUCGAGGAGAGUUGAAAUCAAGGCAACUUUAUGGUAAUGAGCUAUGACG